AUAUGAAUGAUGAUGAAUAGUGUAAUUAAAAAACUAAACAUCUUUCUAUUUCUAUCUAGUGCUGCUCUUCACAUUGCUCUCCGUAUUUCGUUGACGGUUAACGCCUCAUUCAAUGCACACUGUUACAUUUGAAUAAUCAACCUUCACUUUCCCAUACCAAUUCCAAGUAUUCAGGUGGUUGCACGAAAUGGCUAAAAUCCGCAUCGCCAUCAUCUUAUUGGGGCUCUGCCUAGUAUGCAAUUUGGCAGGUUUGGCAGAGGCAGAGUACAUGAAGUACAAGGACCCCAAACUGUCAAUCGAUGCAAGGGUUGAGGAUCUUAUUAGCCGGAUGACUCUUGAGGAGAAAAUUGGCCAGAUGUUGCAAGUCGAACGCAAGUAUGUGUCUGCUGAUGACAUCAAGAAGUAUUCUAUUGGGAGUGUCAUGAGCGAGGCAGGGAGUAUUCCAGGUCCAUCUCGAUUGGCUUCUGCGCAAACCUGGAUUGACAUGGUGAAUGAAUUUCAGAAGGGUGCUGUAUCAAGCCGGCUUGGAAUUCCAAUGUUUUAUGGCAUUGAUGCCGUUCAUGGCCACAGCACUGUUUAUAAAGCAACUGUUUUCCCUCACAAUAUUGGCCUUGGAGCUACCAGAGAUCCUGAACUUAUUAAGAGAAUUGGAGCUGCCACUGCCCUUGAAGUUAGAGCAACAGGUAUUCAAUAUACCUAUGCACCUUGUAUAGCAGUAUGUAGAGAUCCAAGAUGGGGUCGGUGUUACGAAAGCUACGGCGAAGAUCUUUAUGGCUGGAAAGUAAGAAUUUCAAUCACAAAAGAAUUUAUCAAUUGUCUGAAAUUCUUAUAUACUGUGUUGGACAGUGAAAAGGUCAUAGGUUCUGCUAAGCACUAUGUGGGUGAUGGUGGAACAAUCAAUGGGAUUGAUGAGUACAACACUGUCAUAGAUAGAGAGGGAUUGUUCAGAAUUCACAUGCCGGGUUAUUUUGCCGCAAUUAGCAAGGGAGUUGCAACGAUUAUGGUCUCUUACUCCAGUUGGAAUGGAGUAAAAAUGCAUGCUAAUCGUGAACUUAUUACCGGAUUCCUCAAGAAUACCCUCCAUUUCAAGGGCGUGGUUAUUUCAGAUUUUGAGGGUAUUGAUAGGAUCACCACUCCACCUCAUGCAAAUUUCACAUAUUCAGUUGAAGCUGGAGUUUCUGCUGGCAUUGACAUGUUCAUGGUUCCUCAAUUCUACAAAGAAUUCAUAGAUGAUCUAACCAAAUUGGUGACAAAGAAGUUCAUUCCUAUGAGUCGAAUCGAUGAUGCAGCAAAGAGAAUUUUGUGGGUUAAGUUCAUGAUGGGCCUAUUUGAGAACCCUUUUGCUGAUUACAGUUUGGUUAGAUAUCUGGGAAUACAGGAGCAUAGAGAAUUGGCUAGGGAAGCUGUGAGGAAAUCACUGGUCCUUCUUAAAAAUGGCGAAUCUGUUGAGAAGCCUCUAUUGCCUCUUCGUCGGAAGGCUUCGAAAAUACUUGUAGCCGGAAGCCACGCAGAUAAUCUAGGAUAUCAGUGUGGCGGCUGGACUAUUGAAUGGCAAGGAAUCAGUGGCAAUGAUAUUCUCAAAGGGACUACAAUUCUCAAUGCUAUAAGAAACACUGUUGAUCCAGAGACCAUAGUGACCUACAAGGAGAAUCCUGAUGCCGAAUAUGUCGAGUCCAAUGGAUUUUCUUAUGCCAUAGUUGUAGUAGGAGAGCAUCCCUAUGCUGAAAUGCAUGGUGAUAACAAGAACUUGACCAUCCCGGACCCUGGCCCCGAGACCAUAACAAAUGUAUGUGGAGCCAUAAAAUGCGUGGUGGUUGUUAUUUCCGGCCGCCCUGUAGUUAUUGAACCAUAUCUUCAUAUAAUAGACGCGCUUGUGGCUGCUUGGCUUCCGGGAAGUGAAGGCCAGGGUGUAGCUGAUGUCCUAUAUGGCGACUACGGUUUCACCGGAAAGCUUCCAAGGACAUGGUUCAAAACUGUUGAUCAAUUACCAAUGAAUGUUGGAGAUCCUCAUUAUGAUCCCCUUUUCCCAUUUGGGUUUGGCCUUUCUACUGAACCUAUUAAGGCCAUUUACUCAGCAUAGAAAUUUCAUUUCUCUGAGAUAACGUUAAGCAAAAGCAACUAUAGAUAGGAAGUGCAAUGCAGAGAAUCCAUUUACAUAGCAAGAGAGGUUCUUGAUCCCUUGUGAACCUUCAGAUUGUUAAAGUCGAGAAUAAAGAAAUGCUGUUUUAUUUGUAUAGCGCAGGUUAAGUCAUAUAGGUGUCGUUUGGCCUUGGAGCUUAUUUAUAUGCUCACUUAUGGUCCCCGUGUACCAAUAGCUCUUGUCUUUUUCUUCUUUCUUUCUUUCUUUCUUUCUUUCUCAUUUAUCUAUAGAUAAAGAAAUGUAUAAAUAGAUGCAGUGCAAGUAUAGAUAGUUAAUAUAAAAUGUCUGUGAAUAAAAUGUAAAUAAAAGAUUGAAGAACUGUUUGAAUUACUCUUUAA